AUGUCGACGGACCUGUUGGAUGAGCCCAUCACCCGCAAGGAGAGUCUAGUCCCCAACAUCACGGAAGAGGACCUAGACGAUGUCAUCCCCUCCUCAUACACCACCACUCAAACCGUUCGCAAGGCCCAACAGCGAAAAGCUGCUGUGUCGGCGGGGCCCCCAGUCAACGACCUGCAAUACCUCACCGCCCAGCUCUUCGUGCUGCUAGUCAAUCACGUCAUGCGGCGACUGGGUGAUACUGCUGCUACUGCGGAUUAUUUCGGCGCCGAAACGCCGGGAGGUGAAGCAGCAGCUGCAGCUGCAAUAGGGCCGGCGGCUGCCGAGGAGGUGGAGGCGGAGUGGGAUGCGAUUGGGGAAGCGGACCGACGCGACUUCACGGACGCGGUGCGACCCGUGGUUCAGGCACUGGCGUCGCAUCAGAGCCGACUGGGGAGGUCCCUGACGGGCGGGGAAAUCCUGCGAGUGCUCCAGGACAUUAAAGUCGACCCGCAGGCUGCGGAGCGUGGAGCGGCAGUGGCGGCGGUAGCCUGGACGAAAGCGGAGGUGGAAGCGGGGCCGUGGGCAGGGAUGGGCGAGGAUGAGCCGAAACCCGAUGCCUGCAAAACGGGGACCCUGAACGGCAGCGUGGGAAAGGGGGGCCCGGGGAGUAAGAAGAAGAAGGGGAACAAGGAGGAAAGGCGGCUGCAUCUGCAGGGGGGUCCAAGGGAUGAGGGGAUGGCAGGGGAGGGAACCGAGGCUGCUGGUGACGGGUCGCAGCGGUGUGAGCUUAUAUCCUUGUUGGACCUGUUGACCAGGGCACCGCAUGAGGGGCGCGCAGGGGCUCCAGCAUCGCCACUUGACCCUUCGAAGGGCGGGGCGCUCAUGUUGCAUUUUUAG